CGGAAUGGGGGCAAGAUUCUAGGCUGGGGAGAAAGUGAAUAAACAAUAUCUAUUUCUCUUUAAAAUGUUUAUAUAAAAUAAGCAGGUGGAUUUUAAAAAGCUACCCCAAACAAUUAGCAUAAAAUGCAGCAAUGGCAUUAUUUAUAACUACAGACACGUAUAAGCCAUUUUUAAAGGCUUCUGAGCUAGGCUCCGCAAAUCUCUCUUCUGAUCCUCAGUGCGAUCACUAUCCUCGUUUUACAGCCGAGGGAGGUGACUUCCCGGGUUCACUCCGUGGCUGGCUGAGGCAGAAUUUGAACUCUGACUCAGGUCCGGUGCUCUAACAACUCCCAAGGUUGAGAUGACAUCUCGCGACAUUUUUGCCUGCACCGGGGACUAAAGCACCCAGUUAGCGCCUCUUCUCAUUGUCCAACCACGAAGCUCAGAAGUCGCUUUCUUGCUCGAUCCCUAACAUAAGAAGUUACUAAGGCAGAAGGGCAGGCCGAGCUCCAGGAUUCCAGGCUCUUUCCCUUCCGGCCACCCGAGAGCCGGCCCUCAGGUAUCAUCCCGUCUGAUACAAGCGGGAAGGAGUCAACCUAAGCAAACCCUAAGCUACAGAUAGCCUGCCAGGCCCACCGACGGAACCUCCUGAUCCUGGCUCCUGCUUCCGUCAGAGGCGGGGAAGAGGACCGGCUUGCGGGACGGAUGUGACGUAAGAGCAGGGCUAGGGAGGAGUCGGUACAAAAGGCUGGGCCACCAUUGAGAGCAGGAAGGUGCGACGCCCAAAAAGGUCCCCUUCCUAAUCGAGGAAAACAAAGGCAGGGGAGGCGGUGGGAGGAGGUUUAAAGCCGACGCCAAGAAGUCGAGCAGCUGCAGCCUGAGCUCUGGUGCUAUUCCUGCGGUGUGAGGCUGGAGGUGCAUCCGAGAUGUCGGGUGGGAGCCGGAGCCGCUGCCCGGACUGCGGCUGCGCGGAGCUGGUGGAGGACUCGCACUACGCGCAGAGCCAGCUGGUGUGCGCCGACUGCGGCUGCGUGGUGUCCGAGGGGUUGCUCACCACCACCUUUGCGGACGAGGGCCACCUCCAAGAAGUGACGUAUUCCAGGAGUACAGGGGAGCAUGAACAGGUCAGCCGUAGCCAGCAGAGAGGGCUUCGACGGGUUCGAGACCUCUGCAGAGUCCUGCAGCUACCAUCAACUUUUGAGGAUACUGCAGUGUCCUAUUACCAACGAGCAUUCCAGCAUCCUGGCCUCCAUGCUGCUAGACUCCAAAAGAAAGAAGUGUUGGUGGGCUGCUGUGUGCUGGUCACCUGCCGACAACAUAAUUGGCCCCUGACCAUGGGCACUAUUUGUGCCCUGCUAUAUGCCAACUUAGAACUGUUCUCUGGCACAUACCUGCAGAUAGUAAAGGUCCUAGGACUGGACGUUCCUGCCUUGAGCUUAGCAGACCUAGUGAAGACCUACUGUAGCAGCUUCAGACUUUUCCAGGCUUCCCCCUCUGUGUCAGUCAAAUUUGUGGAAGACAAAGAGAAAAUGGUGUCCCGGACAUUACAGCUGGUAGAGCUGGCAAGUGAGACGUGGCUGGUGACAGGAAGGCACCCUGUGCCAGUGAUAACUGCUGCUGCCUACCUGGCCUGGAGAUCCCUGCAGCCUGGGGGCCGACUGACCUGCUCCCUUUCCAGAUUCUGCAAGUUAGCGGGUGUUGACCUGCCCCAUCCAGCAUACCUCCGAGUUCAGGAACUGCUGGCCAUACUUCUGCGGAUGGCAGGGCAGCUGGCCUGGCUGCGGAUAUUGAACUUAGAUAAGCAAACAGUAGUGAAGCAUAUUGGGGACUUGCUUCAGCACCGGUGCAUUCUCCUCCGCCAGGCUUUUCGAGAUGAAGCUGAAGAGGAGGAAGGAGAUGAACAGCAACAAGAAGAAGGGGAGGAAGCAGGGAGCAGUACCUUAGAGAUGCCUGAAAAGAAAAGGCCAGCUAGCUCCCCACCUCCUCUGCUCCCUCCCUGCAUGCUGAGGCCUCCAAAGCGGCCCUGUCCCAUACCUGCUGAUUCCAGAGUUACUGGGGAGGAGGAUAUAUCUGACAGUGAGAUCGAGCAGUAUUUGCGCACACCUCGAGAAAUCAAAGACUUCCAGAGGGCCCAAGCUGUGAGCCAGGCUGGGACAAGUGCCCCCAUCACUUCCUGACCAACCUUCUCACUGGAAGAUUUUGCACAUGGCCUGGAGCUCUGGUCCCCCCAGAGUAGCGCAGUGGGGAGAGUGCUGGCUGUAGAGGAUCUUGGUUAGAAUUCUGCUCCAGUUUGCCAUAUGAUCUUGAGCAAGUCAUGUCAAAUUGACUGUGGGAAUAAAUGAUCUCAAGGUGCUCUCUAGCUCUAACUUGCAAUUAGCAGUCCUACAAUAGGAACUAAUCCUGUGCAGGGAAGAGAAUCGAACGUUUAUCAUUUACCACAAUAUGAUCUAAGCAGAAGAGGCUGCUCUGUAUGACUGGUACCAUGUCCUAGAAGAAUAGGAAUGAAUGAAUGAAGUGAGCAAUAUGUUGGUUGCAUUCCUCUGUCCUUGACAGCAUGUUGACUUAGUAGGAAUAUUCUGACUGUGGAGUAGGAUCUAGUACCUUUGAUUCUUUACUUGAGAUCAUACCAUUUCAUCCUGUCCACAGGUUAAAAUUUAAGGUUUUUUGCUAAAUGAUCAAAUGGUCUAGCCUAUUACAGAUGAAAUCCAUGGAUUUGGGGUUAAGACAGGAGGAUUUUACAUUUCCCUUUAAAUGUAAAGGGACACAAAAAGACUGAGGGUGAACUAGAACCAAACUCAUGGGACUUUGCAAAUCUUUAAUAUAUUAAAACAAGAGGCAUCUGCUAGAAAACAUUCUAUCGUAUAAAACCCGAGUUUUUAAAAAACAA